CUCUAACGCUCCAACCGUGAGCAAUUCUGCGAUUUUUGCGCAACCAUGGGGGACGAUGGCAUGAUCAUGAACUUUGACCUUGGGGAUGCCCCCUUGGUCACAAAGCAAGUUUUUCAAGGAGGGCGGUGGAAAGACAGAUUGGCGGCAAAGAGAAGCGUCCAAAAGCGGGCAACUCCACGAUCGACAAAUCCUUCCGAGAGGGAAAUAUUCAAGGAAAAACGACAUGAUGUUAGCACGGAAGAAUAUAUCGGCCCUGGAGCAGCACCAAGGCCACCGAAGAGACAACGAGUCGACGACUCUGAGAAGAACCCAAACCGGGUACCUCUUUCCUCCAGCAAAACUACAACUGGAAGCGAACGAGGUGCUAGGAGGAGAGUCUCGUCAUUCCAGGAGGAUAAAAGAUCUGCAUUUGUGGCUGGAAAGCUACCGCCUGGCAGUAUAAAUACAGGUGGGAAGAAAGCGAUCUCAUUCCAGGACGACACAAGACCAGCUUUUGUUGCUGGGAAACUGCCACCCGGGAGCAUAAAUACUGGGGUGAGAAGGACAGUCUCUUUUCAAGAUGACUCCAGACCAGCUUUUGUAUCCGGAAAGCUACCUCCAGGAAGCAUAAAUGGUGGCCCGAAACGAGAUGUGCCCUACCAGGAGGAGACGAGACCUGCUUUCGUCUCAGGAAAACUCCCACCUGGGAGCAUCAAUGUGGGUAUGAAAAGGACUACAAAAUUUGAGGACGACCCGAGGCCGGCAUAUGUAUCUGGCAAGCUCCCACCUGGAAGUCUUAGUGGUGGGAAGCCAAACCAAAUCAUUUCAUCGCUUUUCUCAUUUAACCCAUCCUCGAAAACAAAAUUCGAAGAGCCAGAAGCCGAGGUGGAGUCAGCAAAACCUUCGAAUGCACCACUAACUGAAGAAAUGGCUACUUUCACGGCGCUCGGCCUAUCGAGAAGAUUGGCUGCUCAUUUGUCAACCAAGAUGGACAUGAAAGCGCCAACUGCAAUUCAAAAGGCGGCAAUUACUCAGAUGGUGAAAGACGACAGCGAUGCUUUCAUACAGGCAGAGACCGGAUCUGGAAAGACCCUGGCCUAUCUCUUACCAAUUGCUGAGCGAAUCAUGGGGAUGAGUAGCGCAGAUGUGCAAGUCCACAGAGACUCUGGUCUCUUUGCUAUAGUUCUCGCGCCAACACGAGAAUUGUGCAAGCAAAUCGCAACCGUCCUUGAGAAGAUUUUGAGAUGUGCUCCAUGGAUUGUAAGCACUACUGUGAUUGGAGGGGAAGGAAAGCAGUCGGAGAAGGCUAGGUUACGGAAAGGGGUGAACAUCUUGAUUGCAACACCUGGACGGCUGGCAGACCAUUUAGACAAUACCGAGGUCCUGAAUGUGAGCACCGUGAAAUGGUUGGUAUUGGAUGAGGGUGAUCGAUUGAUGGAGCUGGGAUUCGAAGAAGAGAUCAAGGGAAUCGUCGAGAAGAUUGAGAAGAGGGGGUCAGCGGCCAACAGCAAAAGCAUUCUUGACUUGAAGAAACUGCCAAGUCGAAGGAUUACAGUUCUCUGCUCAGCAACAAUGAAAAUGAACGUCCAGAGACUUGGCGAAAUCAGUUUGAAGGAUGCUGUACACAUCCAAGCUGACCCGACCGAAGAAGAAGCCGCGAAGGCUGCAAAGGACAAGGUUGAUGGUGUCGUUCCAGAUGACAAGAAGUUCUCAGCACCGGCACAAUUGAAACAGGCAUACGCCAUCAUACCAGCCAAAUUACGGCUCGUCAGUCUGGCUGCAAUCCUGAAACGAGCCUUCGCACGACGAGGAUCGGUGAUGAAGGCAAUCGUUUUCAUCUCUUGUGCUGAUUCCGUGGACUUCCACUUUUCGCUGUUUAGUCGUCCACUCGAGGCCGCACCCGAAGAUGGAGAGCCAGUUGGUGAACCACCGACAAUUACCAAGACGGAUCUGACGAAAGACACCAUCGCUCUCGGAACCGCUUUCUCGAGCAAAACAAAUUUUGUCAUCGUCCACAAGCUUCAUGGUUCUCUUGCUCAGAAUAUACGAACAGCAACUCUCAAAGCGUUUACCGAAUCCGCAGAGCCUUGUGUGUUGAUCUGCACAGAUGUUGCUUCUCGAGGUCUUGAUCUACCAAAUGUUGACUACGUUGUGGAAUACGACCCACCAUUCAGCGCAGAUGAUCAUCUGCAUCGUGUUGGAAGAACGGCUAGAGCUGGAAAGGACGGUCGAGCUUUGAUCUUCCUCCUUCCAGGCGAGGAAGAAGAGUACGUCUCUGUUCUUGCAUCAGGAUAUCGGGAUGGCAAGAAAUCUCUGACACACAACACCUCGGAGGAUAUCUUAAGGAAGGGAUUUGGUGGAUCGGGGCGAGAGUGGGAAGAGCGCGCUACAGAGUGGCAAUUGGAUGUUGAACGCUGGGCACAAGAAUCUCCCAAAUAUCUUGAGAUGGCGCGUCGUGGAUAUCAAAGUCAUAUUCGUGCAUAUGCAACGCAUGUGGCGAACGAGAGAAAAUACUUCAACAUGCAGACGCUUCAUCUUGGACAUUUGGCGAAGGCAUUUGCUUUACGAGACAAACCUGGUAGCAUUAAAGUACCCGGGUUGAGACCUGCGAAGAUGACCAAGGCAGAUAGAAGUGUGGCCGCCAGGAAAGCUAAGAGAGGAGAGGUGGAGGAUAAGGCGCCAGAAGGAGAGAGGGUCCGGAAGCAGAGGAAGCUCGAUCUGGACGCACCGGCAGUGGAUGGCAACGAUGCCAUACGGAGGAUGAAAAAGAAGAUGAAAGAACACAUGUCUGUGGCAUCAGAAUUUAAUAUUGGAUGAGUAGUCGGAAAACAAAUCGAGAUACCCAACUCCUUAUCCAUAGGGAGGUGAGAAUAGGGAAGAUUCGUGAACAGAAACCCGCGAAUCUGUGACUUUAAUGCGGACCUGAACUCAACCAGAACAACCAGUAGACAAUCUCAAUACUGUGCAG